UUACCGUUAUGUGGCAGCAGCGCUCGCUGUCAUGAGGAACGUCACCCAGCAAAUCAACGAGCGCAAAAGAAGACUGGAGAACAUUGACAAGAUCGCUCAAUGGCAGGCCUCGGUGCUGGACUGGGAGGGUGAUGAUAUUCUGCACAGAAGUUCAGAGCUGAUCUACACGGGUGAGAUGUCGUGGAUCUAUCAGCCAUAUGGCCGGAGUCAGCAGAGAGUCUUCUUCCUCUUCGAUCAUCAGCUGGUCCUGUGCAAAAAGGACCUGAUCCGCCGGGACAUUCUUUACUACAAAGGGCGCAUUGACAUGGAUCGCUAUACGGUGAGAGAUGCCAUCGAUGGACGGGACGACGACUUUAAUGUCAGCGUGAAAAAUGCGUUCAAGCUGCACAACAGAGACAGCGAGGAGAUCCACAUCUUCCUGGCCAAGAAGCCGGAGGAGAAGAUCCGCUGGCUGAGGGCUUUUCACGAGGAGCGCAGGAUGGUCCAGGAGGAUGAAAAAAUCGGUUUUGAGAUUUCUGAAUACCAGAAACGACAGGCUGCCAUGACGGUGCGUAAAGUGGCCAAACAGAAAGGUGAGGCAACAAAGCGAUACCAGGUGAAUUCAACAUUUUUCUAUUUUAACUCCUGUCUUCUCAUUGAAGUUGCUUUACUCUAGUAAACCGGUGUAGACAGAGUAAACAUAUUCUCCUUGGGCUCAUUGUUUGGGCAGUAGCUAUUAACUGAACGACAGUAUUCAGUAUUAUGACAGUAAGUCGAUUUGAUGCUUUCAGUUUUAAUAAUGAGCGUGUCUCAGUAAGUGUCAGUUCUUUCUCAGUCCUGUUCACCUUUAAAAUGAAGGUGAAAAUACCCCAAAUAAUACUGAAAUGUUUAAAGGGGUCAUGGAAUGUUGUUUUUAUCCUCCUGCACUCUUGUGAACGCUCUCAUCAUAAGCGGAAAA